CAUGAACUUCAAUAGUUCAAAUCGAUAACAACUUUUGAAAAAAGAACUUUCACCACUUUGGAAUUGUUAGCAGUUAUACGUAAGGUGGGACAAUGAAUAGUACUAUUUUAGUUGUAUUUGGUCGAUUUGAGUGAAAUUCUUUACUUACUGACCGAACGAUUUAUAGAACAUUAUUUAAAUUCAUUUACACUUACUGACCCACGGAGCAUACAAAGGGACAAAUGGCGUCCAUUUCGUCGCUUUCUCUCAAUAAAGGAUCAGAACCGCUACCGGAUUUCUGUUGUUCUGCAUGUGAAGAAGAUGGCGACUACAUAAAGGCUCAGUACUAUUGUUGCAAAUGUUCAAAAUUCUUUUGCGUGAAGUGCGAGGCUAAGCACAACGAGCUGUUCAAGAAACAUCGUGCUUUGGAUAGGACCAAUGUUUCGGAGUGGCCGAAAGUGAUACCUUUCGAGCUAUGCUAUGAACACAAUGAAAAGAAGAUCGAUGUGUUUUGCCCGGAUCAUUUCAAACUUUGCUGCUCCACUUGUGUGUCUGAAAAUCACAGGGACUGCACUGGAAUAUGCCCAUUGUCGGAUGUUGUCAAGUUUUCAUACAAGCUUAAAGUUAGUAAACUGAUGUCCGACUAUGACGCAAAAAUUACUCAGCUUCGACAGCAAAGACAAACUAAGAAAGAAAAUCUGGAGACACUGCAAAAACAGCAUGACGAGCAAUAUCGAAGAAUACAAGAAUUCCACGAUACAUUAAAAGGCCAUCUCAUGUAUCUUGAAACUGAAACUGUUGAUAAUUUGCGUGGGGUAUAUGAAGUCUAUAAACAAAGUUUUAAAAGAGAUAAAAUACAAUACGACAAUGCAAUUGAGGAGUUAAAAUCAUUGAGAGAGGUUCUUGGUGAAAUUACAAGUUUGAACGAUAUGCAAGCUUUCAUAACACAGCUGCAUGGCUUAAAUAAACUCUCAAAGAUUGAACAACACAUGAAAUUACUGGAAAAUGACCCUAAUGUUAAAUUAUUGUAUUUACCGAAUAAUGAUCUUUUGAACUCUGUAAACAAAAUGAGCGAUUUAGGAAGCGUUCGAGUCAAGGAACUGAAAAAUGUAAGAAUCGCAAGUGAUGAAAAUAUGUGCGAUAUAACGGGUGUAUGUGAACUUAAGGGGCUGAUUCUGCUCGCGGAUGCCAACAACAAGAAGGUAAAGGUGUUAAACAUGAAAUACCAAGUAAUCAGUCACCUUGACCUGAAUUCCGAGCCAUCAGAUAUUUGCAACAUUGAUACUGGAACUGCUGCCGUUGCAAUGAAUCAGUCAGACACACAUGAAGUGAGAUUUAUUUCCAUGAAAGAAAUGAAAAUAGAAACCACCAAGGCGUUGCCUUUCAACCAUUUUUGCCAAGGACUAAUUUACUUUCAAAAUCAUUUGUACAUUUCGUCUGGUACAGCUAUAUAUCAAUACACCAUGCAUGGUCAAAUGGUUUCGAAGAUACAUGACUCUGGCAUGGAAAACAGAGAAUUUAAAUACGCAAUGAGACCAAAUGGGACGCAGGUACUUGUUGUCAACCGAUCAACUGGGAGCAUGUCAUAUAUCAAUUUAGAUGGCGUUAAGAAAAAUGCUACACAAAGUUUUCACAGAUAUGCGCAACGACCUUCGGCAAUACAUUUCACACGAUCCGGAAAACUCCUUAUUUGCGACGAAAAAUUUAACACCGUUCUGGAAUUUGAACCUCGCCUUAUUACUCUGGCUACGUGUUCGGAUGGAGUGGAUUUCCCGAGAUGCGUCUACUAUUGCAACGGCAAUGACAACAUUAUUGUAGGACAGCGUAAGGACACACUUUUGAUAAUGAAGAUACUCACGUUUUUUCCAAAUGAUUGUUCUUAUCCAUGAAUGUUUCAAACAAUAAAUAUAUUCGUUUAAAUAUGUAGCACCCUGUUUUAAACCAAAAUUUAUCAACAGAAGGCUGCUUUUAGAUGACAAGAAGAAUGUUCAAAGUCGUUUAAAAAGACCAGAAAAUGACAUGUACAAAGCACCCGGCAUCAUGUUUUAUAAUUAAAUAAAAUAAUUCUUAACAAAAAUAAUAAAGCGGUUUGAAAAAGAGCAAUGUCAGAUAAUUUUUUGAUUGAAUGCAUUGUUUGGGGCAAGAAGGAUAAUACAAAAUCAAUGCUAAACGAAAAUGUAUUGAUUUGUGCUAGAUUAAGUUGAACUCAUGGGUUUCGAAGAAAGAUUUUUCCCUGUUUUAAAGGGGCCUUUUCACAGAUUUUGGCAUGUUUUGAAGCUUGUCAUUAAAUGCUUUAUAUUGAUAAAUGUAAACAUUGGAUCUAAAAAGCUCCAGUAAAAAAUCAAGAAUAAAAUAAAAAUAAAUAAAAAAGUUACCCUCAGCAGGGCUCGAACCACUGACCUCUGGAGUCCUGGAGUAAAAGAAAACCACUUAGACGACUCGACCAUCCGUCCUCAUACAAUGAAGGAAGUAGUUUAUACAUCCGCCCUCAUACAAUGAAGUAUUUUAUGCUUCAUUUUUAGCAAUACUCGUAGUUUGACAAAAUAUAACGACAACAACAGAAUUCUUCAAAUUAUUCAAUCGUUUCGCGUUGCAACGCUUUAUAAUUUUCAGGUUUUAAAUCGUCAAAAGAUGCAUAUAAUGGCUAUUUUAGAGCUUGGUAAAUGUUCAGUAUUACUGUUUCCUCACAAAUAUCAUAACUGAAACUAAAAUUUGCGAAUCUGAAACAACUUUUAUUUUAAUUUUAUCAAUUUACCAAAACGUGAAAAGGCCCCUUUAAGUGAUCUUUUGUUGACAUUGAUGUUCUAACUAUUUGAUUAAAUUUGAAAUCACUCAACCAUUUAUAGUAUAUUUUCUUGAAAGAAGCCAAUUAGUUUAUAUUUGAAAGUCUUUUAAGAAAACUUACAUCGACAGCAGAUAAAGAUUUUUAAAAAAAGAACAUGGUUUAAACGAAUAACAACACAGAAAUAAUGGAAUCUUGCGAAAAUGAAAAUGAAAUAUAGCUGUAUAUAAAUCGCAUUAUAAUUAUACAUCCCGAUUGUUAAGAGCUCAUAAAAAUGUGUAAACACUUCAUUUCUAGUUGGAUCUAAGGAAUAUCAUCAUAAUUGACGUAGUCCUUCUGUCAGUAAGUCAUUGCUUGCGUGUGCCAACUUUUUCUUAAAAAUAUUUUUAAUCUUUUAAUGAACUGCUCGGCAAAAUGUUUUAGGAAUUCCCACAGCAAUUAUAUUUGGCUGACACUCUUAUCAAAAUUUAAAUCGUUCUGGUCAUUUAACUAACCAGCUCACGAGCCAGACAAAGGGUAUUAAAAUAACAUCCUUCAAAAUCUCCUGCAAGGCCCGGCUGUCAACUAUUUGGUAUGGAGCAUCACAUAGGGAUCCUCUAUACAGAUUGUUCAAAUUAUGGCCUUGGAUUCAAACAGGCCUCGCCCCCGGGGGUCAUUUGGUUUACAUAUUAUAUGUAUUUAUAUUUAACUGUAGGAUGUCAUGUAUGUACAAUCUAUAAUUCAAAUACGAGAUUAAGUUUAUCCUCGUUUUGUUUAUAUUAUAUUUCAUCAUGCCUUAUGAAUUGUAAUGACAGUUCCAAAGCGGCGACUCCAUUUUUAAUCAUGUUUGUAUGUUUGAUGUGUUUUGUGAGUUCGUGACUGUUGCAUUUGUUUUUUUUAUCUCAGUUUAGUAACUGGUUCAUGGUCACUAAUUAAGGCCCACAUUCUGAAAUAAGUUUUUCUUCCUGAAUUAACUUUGUAUAUUUUUAUAUUGGGAAAAUUAUUCAAAUUAUUAUUGUCUUACAUAGUUCCUUAUAAAGCAUUCAAUAGUUGUUCAAAGAAGGCCCAUGACGUCAAAAUUGGUUUUCUACGGUACUCAACAGUUCAAAACUUGCUUAAGCCCAAUGGUCACAUUAUUUAUACAGUCUUACAGGAAACUGAACGACUUUGAAUAUCUUCUCUAUAACAACAAGGACAUGUGAGUAUAUGUUAUGUUACCCCUUACUGGUGGUCUACUGAGUUUGUUCAAAUUAUAACCCUGUUGUCAAAAGUAGACUUUUACCUGGGGUCUUAUAAAGUAACAUAACAAACUACAAUUAAUAAGAUUAGCGGUUAAUCCUAAGAGUCAUUUAAUAUGUUCUUGUUCAGCUAUGUUUUCGUUCAAUAUUCAACUUGAACAUAAUGAGUUAACAUUUUUUUGCGCAUGCAUACCAUGUAUACAAACAUAUACCUGAAAUAGCAAAUACGUUAACGCUUAACAGCCAGAAAGUGUGUUCUAUGAUGGUAUGUUUUAAAAACUUGUCAUUCAAAGUUACACGUCGGUACCCCAGCGUUUAGCAUGUGUUAUAUUGGUACUGUUUUAUAAAUUAUAUAGUUACUUUAUAUAGCUAAGUUCAUUUAAAUAAAAAGACUAGCAGAUGGUAACAAAAAUGUCUUUCCAGAUAAGUAGGGGGGGGGGCAUUUUAUAAGUGUUUCAAUCAAGACUGAUGAGCUAUUGAAAUGAUUUUGAAGUAAUAGUGUUUUACAUUACACACUUGGCAUCUAAAACAUCAUCAAUACACGUAUAUUGUUAUUCAUCAUCUUACAUGUUUUUGCUGUUUGGCAUAUUCUUUAUUAUUACGUGUCAUUUUUCAUAACUAAUGUUUCCAAAUCCAUGUGAGAUAGCUUUAUGUAUUAUUUGACUUUAUGUUUUGUUUGUGCUACUUGGAAUCGUAUUUCUGUUUGUGAACGUUAUAGUGAUAUCAUGCAUUAUAGCUCUUUUGAAACGUGGUCAUAAUUUGACAAGAACUUUAGUCUUUAACUAGAAACGACGUGUGUACUUUAAAAAAUGUUUUGAUUUAA